CCGCUGUCAGUGAGAUUGACUCAGCAGAUGCCUGGUCUCACACGCUGACAUAAGAGCAUCAUCACUUGUACCCGAGGACACCAUGAGGACUCUGAGCUGCACCGUGGGACUCCUGCUGUCCGUCUCCAUCUACUGCUGCAUCGCCAUGCCCCAGGCAGUGGAACAAAUGUCACAUGGGGUGUGCUGCUUUACAUUCUCUACAGUAACGGUCCCGAAAAACAACAUUGUCUCCGUCACCAAGACCCACCGCAGCUGUCCUGAAAAGGCAUUUGUGGUCACAACUGUCAAAGGGAGGCAGUUCUGCGUGGGCCACUAUGUGAACUGGGCUCAGAAAGCCUUCAAGCAGCAGCAAGUCACCGAGGGCUAGUGCUCGUCCUCCUGACGCUCGUCCUCCUGACGCUCGUCCUCCUGACGCUCGUCCUCCUGACGCUCGUCCUCCUGACGCUCGUCCUCCUGAUGCUCGUCCUCGUCCAAUCGCCCUGCAGCUUACUUUCAAACACCCGUUAACCAUUUGAGCCAUUAACCCUUGUUUUGCGUUAUUCUUCAUAUUACCAUUUUACCAAAUGUAUCGAUGCAUGCAUUCAUGAAACAACAAACAAACAAACAAAUAAAUACAUAUCUGUUUGGCUGUUGCUUAAUAAAGCUUGAGAAGGGCCACAGCAUGGUGACAUUUCAGAGCUCAACACACUUUUUAAGGGAUAUGCUUUUGGUUGCCUGAAACUAACAAUAUAGCUCAAAGAUGUCAGAUAGCUACAUAAUCUUCCAAAACUUCACAAAUCAAGUCAAAUCAAAUCAAGAAACUGCAGUGCUGCAGCGUGUUGAACUGCUCCGAUCAUCUUUUAGAUUCCACGGUGCAUUCGUUCAGUACACCAACGCCUGUCUUUGACCCAGUAAUGGGAUGAAUUCAUUUCUAUUCAUUUAAGUUGUGUUGCAUUUAUCAAAUGGAACACACAUUUGAUUUCAGUUCCAUUUGUCAGACUAUCUCCAUAACAACAACAUACUUUUAUUACUAUGCUAUUAUAUUGUCAUUAUAACAGUGGCAUAAAAUGAUCUGAAAAUUGCAAUAACAUCGC